CGCGAGGUUUCACUCAAAAAUAACGCGGGACAGUGUGAGGUAUGAAUCCGUUGAAUUCAACAACGUCUACGGUAAAAGAGAUGUAAAAUAAUGAUUACCUUGAUACUACCUGUAAUACAUGACACUACCCUCAGUUAAGCUGCAGCUGAUGGAGUAAGCGCUCACUGGAACAAAUCGUUUAUUUAUACAAAUCCGCGAAUUUUCAAGGUUAACGCUGCUGUGUUUGCUCUUCGCAAACGUUUGUUAGCUAGCUAACAUCAGCCCACCAGCUGACUGUCUGCUCGCCUUCUAAAUGGAUCCUACGGAGGACUUGUCUGCUCGGAUCCUGCUGCAAAAUAUUCUCAGCACCGAGCCACCCAGGACUCCCAUCACCCGCAGUGCCUCCGCAGCACCGAGUACCAGCGCGACCAGGCGCAGCAGCAGAGGAGGUAACAAAGAUGCUGUUGCCCAAACUCCACAGGACAUGGUGAGGCGCAGCAUGAGACACAAAAUACGUGAGAGUAUAACGAGGAAAUCCCUGCCUGCUACAAAAAGGAGGACCGCCUCAGUCGUGCUCAAAAAGACAAACACACCUGGCCAGCCCUCCAUGCUGUUUGAUGAUGGGGACACACCAAGGCACAUACUCAAGAACAUCCUGCUCACAGAGCCUGUGAGGUCCCCUGUGGUUCAUGAGAGAGCUGAAACAGGAGAGCCACAGCCGUCUUCAGCCAGCUCCGGCACUACCAGCAAACGUCCAAGCAUUGAGCUGUCGGGGCUGGACUUGCCUGAUAUAACUAUUGGCAACGCUGCAAGUAUCGUGAAGGGACUGAGCAGAAAGAGACCCCGCCGGAGCCUCAACGUAACAGCUUUUGAGAAGCAUCUUAAAGGUGGAGAAGAUGUUGAAGAGGAGAUCGAAGAGGCUUUAGAUGAGCAGUCAUCACUUUCUUUAUCAAGUUCCACUUCCCUGAGUUUAAAAACUCCCUUUGUGGAUGUUCGGACAGAGCGAAAGCACCUGCAGAGAAGAGUUUCUAACCGACGAAAAAUCACGGAGGAAGAAUUUGGUGCUGCUGUAGAUAAAAGGCAGAUGGGAGAAGUGAGCGCCUUCGUCGAGCGGGGUCACAAUGAGACCACCUUCUCUGAGGGCUUCACUUUUGGUUUAAGCAAACUUAGCGAACCCGACAUCACGACUGAUAUCCUCCACUGUAACACGGCUCUCUACGCCCAGCCUGAUGCCAUGACUGCCAACUUUUCCAUUGUUGCAACUCAGGACAAACCCACAGUGAUGGCGUCUCAGAUUCAGAGACAGAUGAUGAAGGAGGAAGAAGGGCGGAUGGAAGUGGCACAGAACAUCCCAGGGGAAAUGGGUUCAUUGUAUUUGUUUCCAACUGAAGAAGACGUAGUGGAAGAACAUCAGAUUGAAGAAAGUUCUUCUCAUGGUGCAGCUCAUGGUCAACAUGAAGAUGCUGCAGCCAUGUUGCAAACUAGUGAAAAGGAUGAUACAGCCGAGUCUGAGGAAGACGAGAAGAGAGUGGAAGCUCAAACCGAAGAGGAGAAUGAAGAGGAUGGUUCAGCUGACUCUCAUGCUGCAGAAGAAGAAGAAGAAGGUGGAGUUGAUUCCCAGCCUGAAGAGGAAGUGGCAAUGAAGUCUCAGUCUGAGGAAGAGGAAUUUGUAUCGGACUCUCAAACCGAAGAAGAAGCGGGUGCAGUCGACUCUCAAACUGAAGAUUUAGGUGCUGUUGAGGAAGAGGGGGACGUUGUAGAAUAUCAGAGUGGUCAAGAGGAUCCUGCAGCAGGGGGUUUGGCUGCCACUCAAACUGAAGAUGAAGAUGAAGAAGAAGAAGAUGGUGGAGUUGAAUCCCAGCCUGAAGACGAUGUUGCAACCAGGUCUCGGUCUGUGGAAGAAGAGGUUAUACCGGACUCUCGAACGGAAGAAAAAGAAGAGGGUGCAGUCGAGUCUCAAACGGAAGAAUCAGGUGCUGUUGAGGAAGAGGGGGACGUAGUAGAAUAUCAGAGUGAUCGAGAGGAUACCUCAGAGGGGGGUUUGGCCGACUGUCAAGCCGAAGAUGAGCUUGAUGGGGUGGCGGAGGAAGAAGAUGAUGAGCAGGCAUCAGAACAGCUGGCACCAAACUUUGAACACAUCAGUCGCAGAUCUCAUUACUCUGCUGGUGGAGUCAUGCUGGUUAGAGAGGCAGAGGGUUUGUCAGACGCCACAGAGGCAGAAUGGUCUGAUGGCAAGUCAAAAGCACACAGUGCUGUUGAUGCACACAGCAGCCUGGAAAUGGGAACCCAUGAGAGCGGUCCGCAUCAUACUGAGGUCCCUGACGUGGCUGAGUUCUCUUCUCAAGGACAGAUGGAUGCUUCUGGUUCAGAGGCCGAGCAGGACGCUGAUAAAGAAAACUCUGUACGUCUGUCUGAAGAAGCUGCUCAGGAUUCUGCUGAACAGGAGGAAGAAUGGGAGGAUGGAGACGAUGCUGAAGAGAAUGAAGAGGUCCCCAGCAAGACUCCAGCAUUUGUCAAACAGAAAAGGAGUUUUUUUCACGCUGAUCCUCUGGCCUCACCUGUUCUAAAGGAUGUUCAAGCAAGUAGCACAGGUGAAGGUUUGCCUGCAACUAAACCAAAAAAGCAAACAAGAAAGAGGGGACCCUCUGAAAAGAAAGGAGGCCUCCCUAAGAGCUACCUUAUGAGCGUGUUCAAGCACUUUGCCAAGACGAAGGUCUCUGCAGACGUGUACCCUGUUCUACAGGAAACGAUGGAUAAAUUCUUCGAGCGGGUGGCUGAUGACUUGGAGACGUACGCUCUUCAUGCCAAGAGAAAAACCAUUGAGGUGGAAGAUGUUGAACUUCUGUUGAAAAGGCAGGGUUACAUCAAUGACAAGGUGCCGGUGGAAGUGCUCAUCGAAAAAUACCUUCGUAUGGACCAGCGCAAGCUUCUGAUCCCCAUCGCAACCAGUGGAAAUGUUGUUAUUCCUAAAAAACGGAGAUGAUUAUUCCUUUUUUGUUUGUUUGUUUGUUUGUUUGUUUGUUUGUUUGUUUGUUUGUUUAAUCUGGUUUAUUUUCUGAACAACUGAUGUCUUAAUGUAAUGUUGUGUACCAGAAUAGGUAGAUUUCUGUAAAUGUGUAAAUAUUUGUUUAUUCUUAAGCAAGACUUCAGUUUUGUGUUUUGUUUUGUUUUGUGACUACUGUAUAGCCCUUUUCUUUGUAUUUCUCAUCUGUAUUAAUCUGCUAUGUGGGUCGAGUGUGAGUAUACAUAUGCAAAAAAGAUAAAAGCAUUGGUUGUUUGACAGUUUAACUGUGCUUUGUCAUUAUCACGUAAGAUUACAUCCAUCUUUCCUUCUCUUUUGUGCAUAUACUUUCUUUUAUGUAACAGAAAACGAUGUACAGACUCUUCAAACUAAUAAACCUUGGAAUUAAUUUA